AUGAAAACUACCCCGGGAUCUAACCCACAAUGUGAUACGGCAUCCAAACCAGAGACCAAGUCUGAGGUGACACCGGAGUCCAAUCUCAAUGCCAACACAGAAGAACCCGUGCUCCUCCGCAUGCCUUCCGAGAUCCUCACGGCGAUAUGCCGCCACCUCCUCAACAAAGACAUCAAAGCGUUUCGUCUCGCCUGCCCAACCAUCUGCCACGCCAUUCCGCCGCGCUUCACCCGCGUCUUCCUCUCGCCGAACCCGCGCAACCUAGAAGUCUUUCGGGCCGUGGCGGCCCACCCAACCUUUCGACUCGGUGUGCGCGAAAUCGUCGUCGACGAUGCGCGACUCGCUGACCCAACGCAGUUGUGGGAUCGUCAAAACGACGGCUCGUCUGACGAGACGCCUAUACACGGUGGCUCUGACACCGAAGACGCCACCAACACCGCCUGGUUCAACCGCCGCUGCGCGCGUAACCUGAAAGAGCUACGCAACCGCAACGUAAAUGAUACGGAAAAUCUAGUAGCGAGAGCUGCACGCGCGGAGGAGCGCGAGGCACAGUCGCCGCUCGAGAAGUGCCAACAACACUACGACGCGUUACUGUGUCAGCAAUUUGAGGUGAUGGCGGCGGGCGAGGACGCGCGCGCGUUGGUCGAGGGCCUCGACGCCUUCCCCGCGCUGGAGCGCAUCACAGUGACGCCGUCUACACACGGGUACCUGUACACUUCGCUCUAUCGCACGCCUAUGAUACGUAAUUUUCCGCGCGGCUUCAACUACCCGAUCCCGCGCGGUUGGCCCACGUACAAGGGCGCGACGAUGAUGCACCCGCUCAACCGAUGGACAACUAGGAUGGGGUGGACUGCAGACGACGUGUCUCGUGAGAAGGCACACUGGAGGGCCUUGGUAUUGGUGCUUGAGACGCUGGCGGCACGCGUCCUCAACGGCGGCAAAGCGGUGGUGCCGGAGCUCGUCUUUGAUGUUCACGCGCUCAACACGGGCAUCAGCCCGUACAUGCUGACAGACGACUGCGAUGAGUACGAGAACUUGGCACUGCUGCUACGUCAGCCAGGCUUCAGACGGCUUGACCUUCCGAUCCUCGUCACCGGCACGCCACCGGACGAAGUCUCUCUGCUUGAAAACGGUCGCUUGAAGAGCCUACUCGCCGGUGCGCGCCACCUACAACACUUUCGGCUGCGCUUCGACGGCCAUGCGUACGAGGAGGUGCCUUUUUCGCGACGGUUCUUCCCACUGCAGAAGUUACUCCCGCUGAAGUCCUGGGAUCAGCUGCGCCAUUUCGGGCUGUCCAACGCGGUGGUGCGCAUCGCCGAUCUCGUGGACGCGUUGGUCGCGCUGCCGGCCACGCUGCGCUCUGUUGAGCUAAGCUUUCUCAAGUUCGAACGACGCAGCGACGAGGAUGUGCGUGGCGAAACCCACGCGAUGCUACUGGAGAGGAUCAAGGCGCGAGUGGCGGAGGCGGCAUGGGCGGCGAAUCAGCCGCGCGUGACGCUGGGUAUGGCCAAGGUCCGGGCCAACGUGACCGGGCGCGGGCUGUGGUUGAGUAAAGAAAUUGGAGAUUAUCUGUACGGGUUCGGGCGGAACCCAUUUGGAACGCAUGAGGAUAUCCUGCUGCCAGGCAUGGGCUGGCUGGCGGACGAGUACGACCCGGAGUUUGAGAGGCCGUACAAGGCGUACAAGGACUACCGCGCACUGUGGUACGGCGAGGGCUAA